AUGCUUUCCAAGUGCCUCUUGUAUGUGUUCGCGAUCGGGCUACAAGCCGCCGCUCCUCCAUACGGCCAACUCUCAGUUGUAGGCACAAAACUCGUCGGUGCAAAUGGACAAGAAGUCGCAUUACAUGGAAUGUCCCUUUUCUGGUCUCAAUGGACUGAGGGAUCCACUUUCUACAAUAAUGAUACUAUUCAAGCUUUGAAAUGCUCUUGGAACGCGAAUCUCGUCCGUGCGGCGAUGGGUGUCGAAAUGGGCGGAUACUUGGAUAAUCCGACCACUGAACUGGCCAAGCUCUACGCAGUUGUGGAUGCCGCAAUUGACGCGGGAAUCUAUGUGAUCAUUGAUUGGCAUGAUCACAAUGCACAAAACCAUGCUAGUGCAGCAGUCUCUUUCUUCUCAGCCGUUUCCCAAAAAUACGCCUCCUAUCCAAAUGUCAUCUACGAGACUUUCAACGAACCUCUGCAAGAUGUUGAUGUGGCUGCUGGUAAUCCAUUGAGUGGAAGCAAUUUGAUGUACACUCUUCACUACUAUGCUGCCACACAUAAGCAAUACUUGAGGGAUAAAGCUCAGACGGCGUUGAACCAGGGACUUCCAAUCUUUGUCACUGAAUACGGAACGGUGGAAGCAUCUGGUGAUGGCCAAGUUGAUCAACAAUCAUCCAAUGAUUGGUACACUUUCUUGGACAACAACAAUAUUUCCCAUGCCAACUGGGCUAUUGAGAACAAAGCUGAAGGAGCUGCAGCUCUUACACCGGGAAGCACAGCACAGCAAGUCGGCGAUGACACUCGUCUCACAGCUUCCGGGCAAUUCGUAAAGAACAAACUGAGAUCUCAAAAUAAUGGAAUUGCUUGCUCCGGUGUCUCGAAUCCACCACAAGCAACUGGCGGGCAAACAUCGCCAGCCGGACAGACAUCGCCAGCCGGACAGACAUCGCCUCCUCAAACCAAUCCACCAGCUCCUACAACUCCUGGUGCUCAAUUUAGAUGGGCUCAACAUGGACAAUCACUGGAACUU